UAGAAUUUGAAAACCCUGCUGUGAUUCCAAAAACCACCUGCACUUCAUCAGGAGGGACAAUUAAGUUGCUGCGGUGGGGAAACUGGCAUGCUUAUUCCCAGUGGUGCUACCUGGAAUAGCUUUCAUGCAUCAGACGGACGCAGAAUCUGACCUAUCAGAGAUCCAGCCCCUUCUCUAUGUCAUUGGGAAGAAGAGGCCUGAGCACCAACUGGCAUGUGACAUCUGGUCGGGCUGGGGGGAUGGGCGCUGGUCCAGAGCUAGCCGCAGCCUGACCCUCGCUUAGUCUCCAUGCUGGCAGAUCAAAGCAGAUUCUGGGCCAGAAAGCCCAAGAAGUUACUCCCGGCACUUACACAAAAGUGUAUGAGCUUGGACACUCCUUCCGUUCCUGAGCCUGAUUUUUCAAAGCCAGCCUUGAUUCUGGAGAUAUGGCUCCCGUGGAAGCUUGCCUUUAAUUCUCCCUUGUCUGUGGGGACUUCUCGGGUGAAGUCUGGAGCAGGACUCGGAGGCUUUCUGUCCUCCAUGCCGCUUAUCAGAAGAGGGACUGUGAACUAUCCUUGAUGUGAAUCAAUCCCAUGAUGCAACAUGCCUCCCCAGCCCCAGCUCUGACGAUGAUGGCCACGCAAAAUGUCCCUCCCCCACCCUACCAGGACAGUCCACAGAUGACGGCAACUGCUCAGACACCCUCUAAGGCCCAGGCUGUCCAUAUCUCCGCGCCCUCCGCUGCUGCCAGCACUCCCGUGCCCAGUGCCCCCAUUGACCCCCAGGCCCAACUGGAGGCUGACAAGCGAGCUGUGUACAGGCACCCUCUUUUCCCGCUCCUGACGCUGCUGUUUGAGAAAUGUGAACAGGCCACCCAGGGCUCCGAGUGCAUCACCUCCGCCAGCUUUGACGUGGACAUCGAGAACUUUGUUCACCAGCAGGAGCAAGAGCACAAACCCUUCUUCAGCGAUGACCCAGAACUGGACAAUCUGAUGGUGAAGGCAAUCCAGGUCCUGAGAAUCCACCUGCUGGAGUUGGAGAAAGUCAAUGAACUCUGCAAGGACUUUUGUAACCGUUACAUCACCUGCCUCAAAACCAAGAUGCACAGCGAUAACCUGCUCAGGAAUGAUCUCGGGGGGCCCUACUCCCCCAACCAGCCCUCCAUAAACCUUCACUCACAGGACCUCCUGCAGAAUUCUCCCAAUUCCAUGUCCGGAGUCUCCACUAACCCCCAGGGGAUUGUGGUCCCAGCCUCAGCACUCCAGCAGAGCAACAUCGCCAUGACAACUGUCAACUCACAAGUGGUGUCAGGUGGAGCCUUAUACCAGCCAGUUACCAUGGUAACCUCCCAGGGUCAGGUGGUCACCCAAGCAAUCCCCCAGGGAGCCAUCCAGAUCCAGAACACACAGGUUAACCUUGACCUCACUUCCCUCCUGGACAAUGAGGAUAAGAAGUCCAAGAACAAGCGAGGAGUCUUGCCCAAGCAUGCCACCAAUAUCAUGCGGUCUUGGCUCUUCCAGCAUCUCAUGCACCCCUACCCCACGGAGGAUGAGAAGAGGCAGAUCGCGGCCCAGACAAACCUCACCCUCUUGCAAGUCAACAACUGGUUCAUCAAUGCCCGGAGGCGCAUCCUGCAGCCCAUGCUUGAUGCCAGCAACCCAGACCCUGCCCCUAAAGCCAAGAAGAUCAAGUCCCAGCACCGACCCACCCAAAGAUUCUGGCCCAACUCCAUUGCUGCGGGGGUGCUGCAGCAGCAGGGUGGCGCCCCGGGGACAAACCCCGACGGCUCCAUCAGCCUGGACAGCCUGCAGUCCCUGUCCUCAGACAACGCCACCAUGGCCAUGCAGCAGGCCAUGAUGGCCGCGCACGACGACUCGCUGGACGGGACGGAGGAAGAGGAGGAGGAGGAGCUGGAGGAGGAAGAGGAGGACCUGGAGGGGGAGGCCGACGAGCUGCCCGCCGCGGCCGUCAGCGACCUGGGCUUGGAACACAGUGACUCCCUGGAGUAGUUGGCGGCCCAGCUGGCACCGAUCACCACGCGGGAGAGAGUGUUGCCAGGAGGGUUUUGGGGUGGGGGGGAAGGGGACAUGGGCAGGCAGCACUGGGAGGCCGGGCCCAGCUUCCCAAAAUCAGUAGCUUGAGGAAACGCAGAGGAGACACCUCCUCCUUCCCAACCGCCAAGCUCCCGUGGCACCCCAGCCCCGCGUCCCCAGAACCGCGGAGGACUCUGUCUGGUGGCGCCAGUCAAGCAGCCUGCAUGGAAAGGCAGGAGCGAGACCUGGAUUCGUCAAAUCCCCGAGGACAGAUGGCGCCCCAGGCCCCCUGGCUGAAGGACUUGAGUUGUCACGAGCCCUGCGCUGUGAGGCAGAUCAGCGCUGUUCUCAGAGGGAGCCUUUGCCGGGGGACGGAGUUAGGAGAAAAGGCAAACGCAAAGGGGGCUCGGGUUCCACCCCCAAAGGCUCGGCUCCUUUGAGACAUUCAAGGGCAGGAGGGAGCCCAAACAUUUAGCCAGCGGCUCGAGUGGGAGGGCCUGAGGCAUCGCACCUCACAGAUCAAGUGAGCCCUGGAUUCCGUGGGGCUCCAGCUCAAUCUUCCGAGGCCCCAUCGCUGGGCUCAGGCCACCGUGGACUCGGGAGAGAGAGGGAUGGAGCCACCGGAGCCGACUCUCUCCCUCUCUCUCUCCCUCUCCCUCUCCCUCUCUCUCCUGGAAACAAAUGGUAAGCUGGUGGGCUCAAACUGUAGGAGAUCAAGAGGGGCCCCUUCACCCGGGUUGGCUCCAGGACCCAAGGAGGUGGCAGAACCUGGGCCAGGAGACAUAUCAAGGUGACCUUGGGAACGACAGCUGUUCCUAGGGGUUCACAGAACUCAGCUCCUAUAGCUACAGGACAGUGGUGUCUUCUCCCAGGUGUCCCAGCCCUCAGAUGUCCCACGCCCUCCGCAGGCCACCAGGAGGGUGGAGCGAGGUUAGCUUGGAACCCUUGCACCCUCGGCCCCCACGCUGGCCCUCCGCUCCCGCUGGCUUCACCGGCCCCAGCCUCUCUUCACUUUACCCUUCCGAGAAGGCAGAAGAAACAUUGGGGAGAAGCAGCCAGCGCAGUGAGGAGCCAGGGCUUGGAGAAGGUGCUACUUACCUCCUCCCUCCCAUUUCCAAAGGGGGGGGCCCAGAG